AUGCUAAGCAUAUCCAUUGCUCACCUUGAUGAAGCCCAUCAAUCUUUGGAGGCUUUCUGCAGAGAGUGCAAGAAGUUGUAUAAAGCCCCAUUCCUUUUGCCAAACAUGCAUAUCCAUCUUCAUCUGCGAGAGACUGUAAUAAACUUUGGCCCGGUUUAUGGCUAUUGGCUUUUUAGUUUCGAAAGAUGCAAUGGUAUCUUGAAAAACUAUGCAACAAAUAGAAAAGACGGGUUUGUGGAAACCUAUAUGAAGAAGUAUCUUGAAGAAACAUACCAGGGAGAUCUUAUUCGCCAAACUUUGCCAAUAAUUCGAUCUGACCAUUCAGCAAUCAUCCUUGAGCUCACUGCAUCCACUGCCAAUUCCAUAGCCACUUCCACUUCCACUGCCACCUCAAUCCAAUUCGAUAUCAAUGCUUUUCUUGAUUCUCCUGAGAUCAAAUUUGAUAUCGUCAAGGGAAACGAGCCUUUGCCCUCUUCCGCACUUUCUUUAGCUCUAAAGGGGGAGAUUUCUAUGGAUGAAUCCGAGUAUGAGCAUUUGUUGGAAUACUAUCGCGAGACAUACGAUGAUCAAACUCUUGUUCAUUAUUGUCAGGCUGGUCAUUCCGAUAAUUUUGUUAACAAUUGGAUACAGAAGUUUGAAUCAAUCGAUCUUCUCGGGCAAAUCUACAAGAGCAAAACGAAGAAUCAGUGCAGGUCGUUAAUGCAAGCCUUGUUUGAGACAAGUGAUGGUAGAAGUACCAAGCCAGCAGGAGAAGGAGUUGAGGUAAAUGAGGUGGGGUUCGAAGAUGACAGCAUGAACAGCAUUCUCCCAGUGAAUAGAAUCUGCUAUCCAGUCGCAGUAGGCGAGCACCUUGGUCUAGAAGGCGAAGUUCAGAUGUGUGUAGUUCCUUUGCCAUGA